GGGAGCGCGACGGGGACUGCGGAGACCCGGCGUCUGACAGGGCGUCCGCUGCUGCCGUCUGUCCGCCCAAGAUGGAGUUCCUGCUGGGGAACCCGUUCAGCACCCCGGUGGGACAGUGCCUCGAAAAGGCGACAGAUGGCUCCCUGCAGAGCGAGGACUGGACGCUGAACAUGGAGAUCUGCGACAUCGUCAACGAGACGGAGGAGGGGCCAAAGGAUGCCAUUCGAGCGCUGAAGAAGCGGCUAAACGGGAACCGGAACUACAGAGAAGUGAUGCUGGCAUUAACAGUGCUGGAGACCUGUGUGAAGAACUGCGGCCACCGCUUCCACAUCCUCGUGGCCAACCGAGAUUUCAUCGACGGCGUUCUGGUCAAAAUCCUCUCUCCCAAGAACAACCCGCCCACCAUCGUGCAGGACAAGGUGCUGGCCCUGAUCCAGGCGUGGGCCGAUGCCUUUCGAAGCAGUCCUGACCUCACGGGUGUUGUGCAUAUAUAUGAGGAGCUGAAGAGGAAAGGGGUUGAGUUUCCUAAUGCAGAUUUGGACGCUCUGUCUCCCAUACACACACCGCAACGGAGUGUCCCUGAAGUGGAUCCAGCCGCCACCGUGCCCAGGUCCCAGGCGCAGCAGAGGACAAGUGCCAGCUCCUUUUCCUCGUCUGCUCCUCCUCCCUUCUCCGCACAACAGGCCCCGGCUCUGAGUGUGACCGGCCCCAUCACAGCCAAUGCAGAACAGCAGAUCGCCAGGCUGCGGAGCGAACUGGACAUUGUUCGAGGCAACACCAAAGUCAUGUCCGAGAUGUUAACGGAAAUGGUCCCUGGACAGGAAGACUCAUCUGACCUGGAGUUGCUGCAGGAGCUGAACAGGACAUGCCGGGCCAUGCAGCAGCGCGUGGUGGAGCUCAUCUCGCACGUGAGCAAUGAGGAGGUCACCGAGGAGCUGCUGCACGUCAACGACGACCUCAACAACGUCUUCCUCCGAUACGAGAGGUUCGAGCGAUUCCGGUCUGGCCGCCUGGUCCAAAACACCAGUAACGGGGUUCUCAGUGAAGUGACCGAGGACAACUUAAUAGACCUGGGGCCGGGGUCUCCUGCCGUGAUGAGCCCCAUGGUGGGGAGCACGGCACCCCCACCUUCCCUCUCAUCUCAGCUUGCUGGCCUGGACCUGGGGGCAGAGAGCGUCAGCGGCACCCUGAGUGCGCUCCAGCAGUGCGCCCCCCCGGACAGCGCUGGCACGCGCGCCCAGACCACGGGGAGCUCCGCAGCCGAGCAGCGCAAGGCGGUAACCUGUGAGGACCCCCAGGCUGCCGGAGGACUCACUUCUGCCCUAGACAGUCGGAAACAGCUCUCCGAAGUGGAGAGAGUUAAAGGUGGGGACGCUGACCUGGAGCCAAUAGACAGCUGGCUCAUGACCCAAGGAAUGAUCCCCGUUGCGCAGCCCUCUGUCAUGGACGACAUUGAGGUGUGGCUCAGGACGGACCUGAAGGGCGACGACCUGGAGGAAGGCGUCACGAGCGAAGAGUUUGAUAAAUUCCUUGAAGAAAGGGCCAGAGCUGCUGAAAUGGUUCCCGACCUGCCCUCGCCCCCAGCAGAGGCGCCCGGCCCAGCCGCCAACCCCUCCAGCCAGAGGAAGCCCGCCCGCUCCGAGGACGCCCUCUUCGCCCUGUGAGCUGGUCUGUGGUUGGCUCCCAGAUGGCAGGUCACCUGUCCCCCCCAUCCAGGCACCGGCCACUCCUCCGUCCCAGCCCCUCAGUCCUCCGUCCUGCACUGCUGUCUCCACGGACAUGCCACUGUGUUUGCUGCCAGGCCUCCCGCCGGGCAGGGCAGCCUCUCUGGGGGGUGGGACAGCUGUGGCCAGAGGCCCCUGACUGCCGCCCACGCGCCCACCGCAGGCUCCGCACCGCUUUCCUGCCGGAGCGCCAGUCACUGCCCUGGGACUGGCUCCUGAGCAGACACCGGGCUGUCUCUCCUCCAGUUGCUUUCUUCACUCAGCAUCGAGCCUGGACCAAGGCGGCCGCAGGGCCCACUCCCCUGGCCUGGGGGGAGCCAAGGGUGUGGGGAGGGCGGCCCAGACCACUGGACAGUGGGCGCUGGCACCUGGUUAGCUCCUGUGGAAUUGCACUCCGCUGCAGCCCCACUGUGUGCUUCCCUCUCGCAGUGCCCAUCUGGGGGGUGGCAUGGGUGGUGUCUCUGCUAGUUUGGGCAAGCUUGUGGGCCUGUGAGCAGGCCGUGCGUGGGGCUUUGGCCUGGCCUUGGCAGCCUCUUGUGCCAGGCUUGCAGACCAGAGGCCUGCAGGGCCAGAGCAGCACGGAGGCCCCUGCUCUGCUCCUGGGCACAGCCCCAGCCUCUCCACAGGCUGUUCUGACAUCCUGUCCCCCUCCCCAGACCCCUGGCCAUGGGUUUGUAUUCUCUCCCAGCCAGCCAAGCAGCUAGCAGCCUGGGGCUGGUCCUCACCGGGCGCCUCCUGGCCCCGGUGAGGCACCAGAGCCUGAUCCACGCCGAGACUGGGGCGCAGCAGCUCAGCACCCCGUGGCCUCCGGGCGCGGUCAGUGCCAGCGGGCCUGCCCCAGUGCUCGGCUCAGGCUCGGCCAGGCCACCGUGUGUCCCCAGCCCAGGGCGCAGAGCCUUCCCGCCUGGGCUGCCGCUCCGACCAGCCCGCGCCACGUCAACAGCACAGGACUGUCGGGUGGGAGGCAAGGGGUGCCCCAGACUGCCUCCGGGAAGAAGGCUUUGGGGCCAGGCCGUGGCCCCUGGCAGGACCAGCAGGGGACGCCCCACGCCAGUCCUCAGAGGACCCCGAAGCACAGGGAGCUUGGCUGCCGCUUCCAGGCUGCAUCGGGCGACAGGGCCAGGCCUCAGCCCUGCACCCGCAGUGGCACGGCCUCUCCUUGUCCUGAGGGCGAGCUCCGAGGCCAGCCUGGAGGCCACAUGCGGAGGCUGCAGGACUGUCUGAGCACCGGGGACUCGGGCCGCUCCUGCGGGAGCAGAGCCAGCUCCGGUCUUGCGGAUGCAGAAGGCCCCACAAGCCCAGGGGCUGAGGGGCUGAGGGGCUGAGGGAGAGGAGCUGCGGGCACCGGCCU